ACCUUUAGAUAUGUCGUGAACUGUCACAUUGAUGAUCGUGUGUAAAUAUGAAAACUUCGUUAAUAAAAUGGCUGUUGGGAAUUUACGAUUACCGGCAAUCACGGUGAAGUGUAGAUAUACAGUACGAUUAUUCAUUACAUUUUUUGUAAGGUAUAAUGACUUGUCUUAUUUAAUCAAUGCAUAUAAAAAAUAAAAAAAUUAUGAUUCUUGAGAAAGUGUUAAACAAAAAAAAAUACAAAUCGAUCAAAAUACGUUUGGGAACGUUAAAAAUUGUUACACUUACUUUUGUUAUAAAUUAUAAUUUUGAGUUUAUGUUAAUCACAGAAAGAACUCAAGAAACAGCAGUCCAAAUUAUUACUUCAAUAAUUGUUAUAAUUAUUCCUCUGAUAUCAUUUAAAAACAUUUAACAAGGAUUACAAAAAUUUAAAUCUGUGUUAAUUUGUGUUUAAUAUGGCUUAUACUUCACUGCCAAAACUUGUCAACUUAAAUAAAUUACAGACAAAUAAUGUUGAGAAGACUUUGUCGGAAAUAUUACAGUCAGAUCCGGUAAAACGUCUUCUCAAUCAGCCUAAUAUUAUUAUUAAGACUAUUCCACUAAAUACUCAACCAAAAUCAAAUUUUACAUCAAAUAUUACAAACACAAAUAUUGUAAAUAUUUCCACAAGUACUUUUGGAGGUAAAAAUAAUGGUAUCAAUACAGAUUUAAAUAGAAUAAAACAGCCAGAUGUUACUGUAUUUUCUACUAAAUCAAAUAAAGAAGAAAAUACGGAUGAUGAAAAUCUUUUACCUUCAAAAACUGAAGGGAAGUCCGAAAUUGCAUUACUCCCUAUUGAAAGAAAAAAGAAGAAUUGUGGACAUUAUGGACCUUGUGAAAACAUUACUUGCGAUGUCACCGUUGAACAGUGUAUAGACAAUGAUGGAAUAUCUCUUAUGUUAGCUGUUAAUAUAGAAGAAAAUGAAAUAAAUGCACCUGUAUGGAAACAUUGUAAAAACAGUUCCUGUGAUGCAUUGAGCAUCGACCAUGAUCGUUGUCGUAGAGCAAUUAUAAGGCUAAACAGAUUCAAUAAGUCUAAGAUUUGUGACAUUUGUGGUAUCACAUUGAAAACACGAAAAUCUCGAAUACACCAUAAAAACUGCAAAAGACAGAAUGAAUAUAGACAUAAUAAAACAGAUAGUGCGCAACUUUUAAAAGAAAGAAUGCGUGAAAGAGAAUUGCAAAUGCUAGAGGAUGCAAAAACGAAAAAGCAAGAUUACAUGGAUCCAAUAACAGGAUAUAAUCGUGCUAUGGACGUUUUAAGAAAAAAUGAAGAAUUAAUUAUUAUUCCAAAAACACAAUCUUCUCAGCAAUCUGGCAUUACUAUAACUUCCUCGUCUAAUCAAAUUAAUCAGCAAACAAAUACUAUCAGUAACAUCUCUACAAAAUAUAUGCCAAAUAUACCUCUAGUAUUUCCACAACAAAGUGUAGUUCUAAGUAAAAAUGCGGGUUCUAAUGAAAAUAAUAUUACACAAACUAAGUUAACUCAUACACUAAACAGCAAACUUGUAACCACUUCAACUACUACAAUCCCAAGCCAGUUUAUCAAAUUUACUAACUCACCUCAAACCAGUUUACAGUCUAUAUCAUUGAAUGAUUGGUUAUUAUCACAAUCUCAUGUUGUUACAACUUCAUCGUUUCAUUCUAAACCAUUUUUAACACCCAUUCGUGUUGUACCAAUAACUAAUUUAAUAACACAACCAUCAUUAUUACAUAGAACACAAGGCAUUCCAAAAUUUUGUAUUAUGGCAGAUAAUUCAGUACCAGCUUUAACUAUACCAGAUAUAAAACCCGUUAUAUCGCCAAAACCUAUAGAUAAGCCAAAUACCAAUCCUGAUGAAAGUCCUAAACAAGAAUCACAAAAGCGUAAAAAGUCAGGAGUAAAGAAAAACUUACGAAAAAAAAACAGAAAAAAAGAUUUGAAAUGUAAUUAUUGCAACAAACACUUCAGCACAGAUUGGUAUUUUAAAAUUCAUGUUGCUAUGCAUAGUGGUGAAAAACCUUUCACAUGUAGAUUAUGUCAAGAGUCUUUUAGUAAUAGAUAUGAUCUAAAAAAGCAUCUAACAAAUGAUCAUAAAAAUGAAAACAUUAGUUGCAAUGAUUGUGAUUUCACUUGUACUUCAUAUUCGUCACUUGAUAAACAUAUGAAAACACAUUCUGCAAUGGUACAAUCACACCAAUGUUCUGAUUGUAAUAGUAUGUUUACAACUAUCGAUGAUCUUAAUUCUCAUAAACAGGAAUGUGAUGGCCAAAUAGACACAGAUAUUGAAACUGCAGAAACGGAAUCAGAAAGUAAGGAAAUUAAAAAAAUAGAAAAAAAAGAUCAUGACAAUCCGAACAACGUUUCUAGCGAAACUGAAGAAACAUGUAUUAAUGGUACAGAAAAAAAAAUAUUUAACUCCGAUAAAAAAAGUAUGAAACAAGAAAAGCAAAACAAAGUUUCAUUAGGAGAAACUAAUGGUGUUAAAGUAAAUGGCGUUUGUCUUCAUUCAUAAUAUGAAAUUCAUAAUUCAUAAAUGAAAAUUAAAAUAAAUUUGAUGAGAACUAAGCCCUCAAUGUCACAAUGUUUGAAUGUUAAUCAUAACAUUGAUGAAAUAUAUCUCUAUAAAUUUACACAUGCGCAGACAUAAUGAAAAGAUGAAGUUAAAUUUCCAAAUCAUUCCAUAGAAAAACUUUUAUAAAGGCUACGUUAAACUUGAUGCUUUUUCCUGCAAUGAUAGAGAAAUAAAUGAAUAAUGUAAAUGUAUAAAUAUAAUAUUACAUAUUAUUGCUAAAUAGUUACUUAUUUCAAGUAGGAUUCUGCUGCAAAGAGAGUAAAACAUUAAAAAUUAGUAUUUCUUCUAAAUAAAUCACAUAUUUUUUCAGCAUGAGGCACAUUUACUAAUGGAAGAAAUUCUAAUUUUCUUCAUUAUUCUUAUAGUUAAUCAGCUUUGCAGCAGUGGCUCGUGCGAUAUUUUUAUUAUGAAAUUAGAGAAGUGCAACUUUCUAAAUUUUCCUAAAGAGACAUAAUCGUAAACGUAUUUUUUGUAAUUUUAAGUAGCCUUUAAUAUAUUACGGAUUAGUCGAGUAUUAUUUAUGAAAUAAGGACUAUAAUUAGAUAUAGAUCGUAUAAAUUGUGUGAUCUGUGAUAGAUGGCCGCCUUCGCUAACAUUAUUUACCAUAUAUUUCAUUUGUAUAAAUCGUAAUUUAAAGAUAGUAUCUCUUUUAUUAUUUCGAUUUAUAGAUUUAUUAUCACGCAACUGAUGACACAGUCUUAUUUUAAAAUGUUAUAAGAACAAUAUAAGACAACAUUUUAUGAAAAACUUGAGCACAUCUCAUUGACCAAUGUAUAAAUAUUACUGUCAUCAUAUGUCUGAGCAUAAAACGUAAUUAGAUAUACAUAUCACUUAACGCACAGAUAAAUAUAUUAAUCUGAAAGAUGUUCUUUUAGUUUUUUUUCUUCGUUAUUCUCUUUUGUAAUAUUGCAAUUGAUGUUUAACUAGCUCUAGUAAUGUUAAUAUGAUUUAAAAAAAUGUAAAUAUUUCGGUGCUAUUAUAAACUAUGAUUUUAAUUUGAUAUUAAAUUUAAUAUCUUACAAAUAUUAAAUGUUUCAAAUAAGUAAAUAUUGUUAUAUGGAUCUCUAUGUAAUUUACGUUACUUCUUGCCAGUCUCUAUAGAUGUAUUUUGUUGUAUUAUAGGAACAACAUCUGUAUAUCUGCAUACACACACACACACACACACACACACACACACACACAUAUAUAUAUAUAUAUUUAAAUUGUAAAAGAUGGCACAUAUAAUAUUUUUUUAUGUCAAACGUGUAAUAUAUAUACAUGGAUACAGAAGUGUGCUCAUCUUUCAUAUAUGCACUUAUAUAAUCACUUAUUCUUGAAUAAGUCUAUACAUGACAAAAGUAGUGACAUUAUAACAAAUAUAAGCAUAUUAACUUAUGAUAUAUAAAAAAAUCUACAGUGAAAAUCUAUAAUUUAUUAAUGUAUAGAAGUAUAUACAUGCAAUUUCGGCUUAUGUCAUUUCUAUGUGUAAUAUAAUUUUUUAAUAUCUCGAUACAUAUGAACAUAUGAUGUAACGAAAGACUAGAGAAUUUUGUUAGUAAAUAUCUUAAUGAUAUGUUAUUGUCAAACCUAGCAAAGAUUUAUGGAUAAAAUUCUUAUUCUAUUGUAAUUACUAAAAGUGCAUAAAAGUUUAUGCAUUUAGUAUGUUUUAUCAGACUUAAAACACAAACAAAAUAUUUUUAAAUUUAAAGAUCUGAUAAAAUAUUAUGUGCCUUUUAAAUCAUAAAUGUUCCUAACAAAUAUAGUCUGUUUUAAAUGAAUACAAGAAGUACAUAAUAUUUUCCAUAUAAUUAUGACUACAAUAUGCCCACUGUUUUUACUUCUUUGCAAAAGUAUUAUCCUAAUCAUAUUAAAUAAAAUUAUUUGCAUUCUUAAUAUUUUAUUCUAAAUGGAUGAAUCAAUAUAAUUAAGUAUCGCAUACAAAUGAAUUUUAUUUCAUGUAUAGAUUGUCAAAAAAUUUUUCUACAAUAAUAUAUUGUCGAGGCAUCUGUCAAAAUUCCUUUUAAAGAUUUUCUGUAUUAUUUCAUAGAUGAGAAAAAUUUAAAAAAUAUUCUUAUCAUCGAAAACAGACUUUUACUCAUUGUGCAUUCAAAAUAGAUGAUCACAACUUUUACAUUGUCUUAUACAUUACUUGGAUAUAUUAUAAGAGACUGUCAAAAACGUUCUUAUAGCAUGAGGCAAUAUCAAAGAGUACAAGAAUGGAUACAGAGAGUUCUACAGAAAUUAAUUGAAGACUGAAAUGUCUACUAUAAAAGUUAAUCACAUGUGUGUUUGUUGUUUUGAAUUUUUAACAAAAUUACUAAUAAAAAUUGCAUUAUCUUCAGGGUAUGUUAAUAUUUAUAUUAUGGUAAAACAAAUGGAAUAUUCAAAUAAUACAGAUCAGUACUAUAGAUCUUUUAAAUGAAAGUAAAGUAAUCGAUGAGAGAAAUGAAUCUAGCGAAUGUAUAUAAAAAGAAAACUGUUUACUUACUAAAAUACAACAGAAGACUGAUUCCAAUAACACUCAAAGUCGUCUACGGAUCGCGCAUUUGUUUUUGUUUUAUUCACUGUCCUCCAGUGACUGCAAGUCUAACGAAAUUUUUUAUUAAAAUUACUUUACAUUCAAGGUACGUUAAUAGUUAUAUAAUGUUUAAACAAAGAUCAAAUAUUGUAUUUAAAUAUGACAAAACUAAAUACAUACUAUAAAUUAUUUAAUACUUAUGCAACAAAAAUAUUUGAAUGUAACAAGUUUUAUUAUUACUGUUUCAUUAAUGUUUGCAAUGUUAUUUUUUGCAAUAUAAUUGUAGGCAAUGUCAUUCUAUAUUUUAUUUAAAUUUGAAGCUGAUAUUAUAAAAACAGGUACUUUUUAUUUAAUAAUGUUGUAAAUUGAUUUAAAUCGAAGAACAAUACAGUUAAUUUGUCAUUUCAUGUAAUAGAUUGUCAGAAAGUAUCUAUAGAAAGGCAGUCUUCAAGUUUAAAAAAUUGAAAUGCAUAUGAAAUGGUAUUACACUUUACUAUCAAUAUUUCAUAAUAUUACGAAUUAUAGAUCUUGUUCUUGUAUAUAAUAUUUUUAUGUCGUAGAUCUCUGUGAUUUUAUAGAUGAGACAUUGUAAAUAUAAUGUUACCAUUCAGUGCAAAUAGUGCAGAUAGAUCAUGGCAGUUCUUAUAAUUUAUUAUAUUUGAAAAAAUCAACAUUUUGCAAAAUUAAGAUUGUAUCUGUAAUGAAGAUGGUACUUAAUGUGCUAUGCUCAUUACAGUUUCUUUUUUAAAUGUUGUGUAAAUAUUCUAUAUGUUAAAACAAUUGUUUGACAUAGAAGGAAUUUGACAUCUCAUCUUUAAUAGAUUUCUCAUCAUUGCAUCAAAUAGAAGGAGCUGUUGUUAAAUGAUCUAUAUAAUAGAUUUAAUUAUUUUAAUUAAAAUGCUCUACUAAAUUCUUUAUUUCUGUAAUUAAUAAUUGUGAAAUCUUUUGAAUUAGAAGCACUUGUUAAGAGUAUUAUUUAUUUAAUUUUCAAAAGCAAAUUGUUAAUAUUUAGAUAUUGAAAAUAUUCUAUAGAAUCUGUAGAUAGAAAUAAUAUUUUAAAUGUUCAUGGAAAGUUGUUUGUAAUUGAAAAUUUUAUAAUUAUUGUCGAAGUUUCAUUAAUAUUGGUUUAACGAUUAAUAAUAAUUAUUUAUGAAGAUUUCAGGAAGAAGUAUUAUAAAUUAUAGUAUGUAGAACAUUCUAAGGACUCUUUCGAUUGAUAUGAUGUUAUAAAAGUUCAUGAAAUAUUCCUAAUAAUUAAUUAUUUUAUAAAUAAUAUCCGUGACGUAUUAACCUAAACAUCACUGAUUAAAAAUGCAAUUUAUUUAUCAUCCAGGAAUAAAUUAUAAAUAUUUAGAUGUUCAAAAUGUUUUACAGACUUUCAAGGAUAAUAUAAGACCGUAAAAGUUAAUAAAGAAUUAUAAGUAACUGAGAAA